AUGAGCCACAUCCAGAUCCCGCCGGGGCUCACGGAGCUGCUGCGGGGUUACACGGCGGAGGUGCGGCGGCACCAGCCGCCUGACCUCGUCGAAUUCGCCGCAGAGUACUUCACACGCCUGCGCGGCCGCGCCGAAGAUCCCGAGGCGUGCAUCGCCAUUCCCGAGAGGCUGCGAGCGCAGGAGCUCGACUCGGUCGUCGUCGUCGAGGAGAACCGGGACAGCGACGACGCGGGGACGAGGAGCUGGAAGGAGCUGACGGUUCCAGUUCCUAGCAGAUUUACUAGACGAGUGUCAGUCUGUGCAGAAACCUAUAACCCUGAUGAAGAAGAGGAAGACAAUGAUCCGAAGGUGGUUUAUCCUAAGACUGAUGAACAGCGAUGCCGACUUCAGGAAGCUUGCAAAGAUAUUCUCCUGUUCAAAAAUCUUGAUCCGGAACAGCUUUCUCAAGUUCUCGAUGCCAUGUUUGAAAGGAUAGUCAAAAUUGACGAGCAUGUCAUUGACCAAGGAGAUGAGGGAGACAACUUUUAUGUCAUAGAACGGGGAACAUAUGACAUUUUAGUGACAAAAGAUAAUCAAACACGCUCUGUUGGUCAGUAUGACAACUGUGGCAGUUUCGUAGAACUGGCUCUGAUGUACAAUACACCAAGAGCUGCUACCGUCGUCGCCACCUCAGAAGGCUCCCUUUGGGGAUCGGAUCGAGUGACUUUUAGGAGAAUCAUAGUGAAGAACAAUGCAAAAAGGAGGAAGAUGUUUGAAGAAUUUACUGAGUCUGUGCCACUCCUCAAGUCCCUCGAGGUAUCAGAACGCCUGAAGAUUGUGGAUGUGAUAGGAGAAAAGAUCUAUAGGGACGGAGAGCGCAUAAUCGCUCAGGGUGAAAAGGCUGAUAGCUUUUACAUCAUAGAAUCUGGCGAAGUGAGCAUCUUGAUUAGAGAUUAGACUAAAACAAACAGGAGUGAUGCAAACCAGGAGGUUGAGAGUGCACGCUGCCAAAAGGGACAGUACUUUGGAGAGCUUGCGCUGGUCACCAACAAACCCAGAGCUGCUUCAGCGUAUGCUGUUGGAGAUGUCAAGUGCUUAGUUAUGGAUGUUCAAGCAUUUCAGAGGCUUCUGGGACCCUGCAUGGACAUCAUGAAGAGGAACAUCUCACACGAUGAGGAACAACUGGUGAAGAUGUUCGGCUCUAGCUUGGAUCUGAUCUACCCCGGGCAAUAGA